AACCAACACCGCUUCUCUCCCCCUUUACCCGCAUCCAAAUUGCCCCUCCCAUCCGCCCUAGGAUCAACGCUGCGAUAGCCACUUUCCGACACCGCCAACAUGUCACCAGCAGAGGAUAAGUCCACCAGCGAGUCUGUCGACCUUAGUACGGUUGACGGCAUCGACAUGAACACAUUUAGCCAGAUCCUUGAAAUGGAUGACCCAGGCGACCACGAGUUCAGUUAUGGCAUCGUCUUUGACUUUUUCACCCAGGUGGAAGAGACAUUCAAAUCGAUGGAUAAACAUUUGGAGGAAAAGGACCUUUACAACCUGUACACACUUGGCCAUUUCCUGAAGGGUUCAUCAGCAACGUUGGGCCUCACCAAGGUCAGAGAUGGAUGUGAAAAGAUUCAACGAUACGGCAAGAAGGAGAACCUUGACGGGUCACCUGAGGAAAACGAACAAAUCUGCCUAGAGCGCAUCGAAGAAGCACUCAAGGCUGUCAAGACGGACUAUGCCGAGAUCGAGACAGUCCUGCGAAAGUACUACAAGGACGAAGAGUAGCCUCUUUCACGACUGUUACGACCUACGACAAUGAUUGAGCCACAGGGGUUCGCGACCACAACUUCAAUGACCACUUCUAGGACUGG